AUGGUUUGUGCAAAGUUAGUUUCAGUUCUACAUAAGUUUAGAAAUUGAGCUACAAAUGAUUCCUUUUUUUCAGAGUUUUUGAACUAUUCUUCUCAAAGAGCAAGUUUGUACUUCACGGAAUAAUCGAAAAACUGCUGGUUGGUUUUUGAAAAUGUUUUAACAAAGUCGACAUCAAAUGUUUCCCAUGUUUUCAGAUGUGCGCGGAACUCUUCAUGAGUGCUAAUGUUGUCCUCUGGUUUAAGUUACUUAAAUAUUUUGAGGGAAAAGAGGUAAGCGUGAAAAAUUAUCAUUUAUCAAAAAAAAUGAAAGUUUUAGGGGCUUUUUGCUUUCUCCACCUUGAUAUUCGGUUUAGUGCAUUAUUGUUGUAUCGAAUUGACAUGCCGUGGAAGACGGUUCUUCAUCUUGCCUUUUUUGUUAAUCUCGAAAAGUGUCCAGUACUACAUUGUUUCUAACGAAGUUGAACCGUUUGGUAAGAAUUUUUGGGGUUGCGGGAACGGGGUUUCUAAAAAUCAUUGUGACUGAUUAAUGUGAUAGAUUUAUUUCAUUGAAUUUAGGAUCUUCUUUUUAACGUAUUUUUAUGAUUAUACUUUUUCUAGAAUUCGGUGUUAGAUCACUUCGCAACUCUAACACUACAAGUUAAUUUUUGGCCAGUUAUAAAAAAUUGCUUGACAUAUGUUCAAAAAAUCAAUUUUUUGUAGAGGAGUCCAGUUGUUAUUCAAAUCCAAAAUAUUCGAUUUUCCAUCUUUUCUUGAAACAUAUGUUUUAUAAUACAUAGCUACAGUACUUCGAAACCCCACCCUCCUUGCAUCGCUGUACGACUUGUCCUUUUGUUUUCUAAAAAGAAAAAAUAUGCGAUGCCAAGUCACUUUUUUACCCGAAUCAUUUUGAACAAAAGAAAAAAUCCCUUGCGGGAACGAAUACAUUUUUUUGCCUUUUUGUUAAACAUUGCACUUUUAAUGAAAAUACUCUACUUUUUUGGCGAAACAGAAACAAAACAAAGAUAAUGUUUUUCUUGAGUGUUCGCUGAUUGGCAGGUGUUUUAGGUUAAGAGGUACAGUAAUCUUGAAACAAAAAAAAAUGAUGAAAUGAAAGUGUUUAGAGUAACACAAGCUUUUAUAAAAGGUGAAGUCAACAGCUUAUCUCUUUUAUCGCGAGAUGGUCACAAUUGAAAAACAGUAACAAGGAAAUCAAUGUGAAAGUUUCUGAAAUACAGAGUACCCUUAUAUAAUUACAUUCUACCUUGAAAUAAUCAUUUCCGUGUUUGAUUUGUCCACAAAAAAGCGUAUUUUUAACCCCUUUUGCAAAAAUUAAUGAGGUAUAUUUUCAUAGAAAAAAACUAGUGAUUCUGGCACGCAAAGCUUUGUUGCAAAAAGGAAUUGGAAGAUUGAAAAAUCACAAUCAAUUGAAUUUAAAAAAAUAAAAAAAACAUUUUUCAGUGCCUGUUUCGGAAAGACCAGCCUGGUUCGAGUUUUUCAUCCAAUUGUUGCCUUUCGAAAUUGUGAUAAUUUCUUCGGGUUUGAUAGUUACUUGGUGUUUCUUGUGGAAAGUUGCUUUUGAGGUAAGAAACGGAAAAAAAUUAGUUUAUCCCGGUUUUUUUUAUUUAUCAUGAUACUUCUCAAAAAUAUAAUUUACAAAGGAUUAAUUUUGAUAAAUCAUUACUACAAUGAUUUAACAUCAAAAUGAUUUUCCAAAUAUAGAUCAAAUAAUCAACGUUAAUCCACUCCCCUGAAAGUUCAGUUUUCUAAUUUCCCUUUUCAAAUUUUUGAUAAUCAUAGAUUUUGAGACAUGCAAUUAUUUUCGAAACUCGGGUGUUCUAUCGCAGCUGAUAUUUUUGAACAAAUCUGAAACUAUUCACAAAAAAAAAUUUGAAGACAAAAUCGAUAGCCAAAAAAUAUUUUUUUUUUUCAAUUUACAGCAACUGCAACAACGCGUGGUCCAGGAAAAUGUUCUCCCUGGUCCGGGAAUUCUCAAAAACGUCAAAGUUGAUGCCGAAGUUGCGUCAAUUCACACACCACCAUUGCGAAAAGUUCAAUUUGCUGGUUCGAGCGCCUCUGUCUGA